AUGUGAGGUUGAGUAAACGAUUUACCGUUUCGCGUGGACCUAGGUUAGUUGUGAUUGCUUGAUGUGUUUAUGAAAUUUUAUAAACCGACGUUCCCCCGAAUCUCCCCAGUCUUCUUAUUUUUCAAAAAACUUUGUAGGUGGGCUACAUACGUCCAAUACUUCACCAAGGUUUCGGAAUACUUGCUUAGAAGAUCAUUCUUUCUUUGGUUGAUAUAGAUCAUGUCGGUUGCUCACACACGUACGCUGCUUCACGCCAGUCUGCAACACGAUUUUGAAUGAAGAGCUGAAAUACGUGGAUCAAGCAUCAGUGCCCUCCCUAGCACCCACGCUACCCCCUCCCUCUCGCUCACUCUCCGUUUGCUCCGUUUGUCCCGUUUCCCAUGCGUGAGGUAUCAUCGCUUCCGUCUUCAAGAGGCAACGGAAAGUCAUUUGCUGUGAUCAGACACUUCAUCUCUUCCGCAGAGUAUACAGGGAAAAGGUGUCCUUUUGGAUUAUUCCACUGUGUCAUUAUAACAGUCGACUCCGUUGACGUCUGAUACACCGAGACGAGAGAAGAAAAGGGAACCCAACUAAUGGAUUUUUUUCGUUUGGCGUCUUUAAAAUGUAUGUUCGUCAAAACGAAGUUAUCUAAGGCACGAUCUUCUACAGUUUUAGCUUACGCUGUUUAAUUACGUUACAUGAUCUUUACAUUAACUAACAUUCGUGCAAGGCUUAGUGCAAGGGACCCGUGACUCCACGAAAGACCGCUGGAAGUUCAAACCUGGAUUCGAUACUCAUCAUCGAUGGACAGAAACAGCUGAAAAACCGACACUAUUUGGAUCGGUUUUACCCAUUGGUGAGAGCUCCCCCUGCUGGUCGGAGGCUGAUGGAGCACGGCUCAGACAGUCCAGGCCAGAGGGAGACCCCCGAGAGUCCAGAGGCCUGGAGACCGUCGUCAGGGAAGACGACACGUCUGGAGCUGAACGGCAGCCCUUCCCGGCCGCAGAGCCACUUCAACGGCACCUUACACCGACCAUUAGGAGGCCUGAUGAUCCCUGUCUACUGUGUUGUGGAGCGGUUGGGGGCAGGAGCAGGAGCAGGAGCAGGGGAGGUGGGAGAGGAGCACGCUGAGUUUGUGUUGGUGCGCCGUGACCUCCUCUUCUCCCAGCUAGUGGAGACAGCCCUGCUGGCCCUGGGAUACUCGCUCCAUGCAGCCGUGCAGGCACAAGGCAUCAUCAAAGUGGGACGCUGGAGGCCCAUGCCCAUCCAGCUCCUGACGGACGCUCCUGAGGCCACAGUGGCCGACAUGCUGCUGGACGUCUAUCACAUGGUCACUCUACGCAUCCAGCUGCAGAGCUAUAACAAACUAGAGGACCUGCCCUGGGAACAGUGGACCCACACCACAGUGAGGUUCGCCCUGAAGGAGCUCCUGAAGGAGAUGAACCAGAACUCCCUGGCCAAAGAGUGUCCUCUGUCUCAGAACAUGAUCACCUCCAUCGUUAACAGCUCCUACUAUGCCAACGUCUCCUCCUCCAAGUGCCAAGAGUUUGGACGCUGGUACAGGAAAUACAAGAAGAUCAAAGGGGAGUACCAUGAGAAGAUGUGGCUCGGGAGGGACAAGCCUGAAAUCAAAGUGGAGAGGGACGCUCUGGCAGACCUCUGCACCCUGGGCCAGCGCCCCUCUCCCCUCUCCACCCUCUCCCACUUCAGCUCCUCCCUCCAGCACCACCACCAGCAGCAGCAGCAGCAGCAGCAGCAGCAGCAGCAGCAGCAGCAGCAGCCAUCACAGCCCAAACCCGGCUCCCAGCAUGCCCCUCACCUGCCCCCCAGCCCCCCUCUCCACCACCCCAGGGGCAUCCCUGCUCCCCCGCCCCCCCCUGUCCUGGGCCCUGGAGGACUCCUGCCUUCCCAGCUCUCCCCGCAGCUGGUGCGACAGCAGCUGGCAAUGGCUCACCUCCUCAACCAGCAGCUAGCCUUUAGCCGCCUCCUGGCGCACCCCCACCCGAACGCCAACCCACACCCGCACUCGCCCCUCAACCAGCAGUUCCUCAACCACCCGCCCAUCCCACGCUCCACCGCCUCCUCCAAGCCCGGGGCCCCCGACAACCCCGCCGGGGGUCACCCCUCGGCCCAGGACGUGACCCCAGACAUCUACAAGCAGGUACGGGAGGAGCUGAGGAGGGCCAGCGUGUCUCAGGCGGUGUUCGCACGUGUGGCCUUCAACCGCACACAGGGUCUUCUCUCUGAGAUCUUGCGUAAAGAGGAGGACCCUCGCUCUGCCUCACAGUCUCUGCUGGUGAACCUGAAGGCCAUGCAGAGCUUCCUGGUUGUGCCUGAGGGCGAGAGAGAUCGCAUCUACCAGGAGGAGAGAGAGAGGAACAGCAGCAACGCCUCCAGCCUCACACACACUCCCAGCAGCAGCCCUGCAGCAGGGAGACACACACAGACCAAGCCCCCCCCUCCUCACGUGGAGCUCCCGCUGAAGUUUGAGUCGCUGGUCGCCAUCACGGCCUCCAUCUACGACGAGAUCCAGCAGGAGAUGAAGAGGGCCAAGGUCUCCCAGGCCCUGUUCGCCAAGGUGGCCGCCAACAAGAGCCAGGGAUGGCUCUGUGAGCUGUUGCGCUGGAAGGAGAACCCGAGCCCAGAGAACCGGACCCUGUGGGACAACCUUUGCACUAUCCGGCGGUUCCUGAUGCUGCCGCAGUCCGAGCGGGACGGCGCCUACGAGGACGAGUCCCGGCACCACCACACUGAGCGUGCUCACAGCCUGCCUGCUGACCUACAGGUAGGCAUGAAGGCACCACAUAGGCAGCACAUUCCAGCUCUGAAGGACCCUUUGCCCAUGCACAUAGAGCCGUCACCCAUCAUGCUCUCCGAGGAGGGCAGCGUGGUUGCACAGAGGCUUGCCGUGAACAGCAAAGGUGGCAGCAGCGGCGGUAACGGCGGUAACGGCGGUAACGGCGGUAACGGCGGUAACGGCUCUGGGCCCAACGGGGGCUCCAAGAAGCCGCGGUCGCGCACCAAGAUCUCCCUGGAGGCGCUGGUGACCCUGCAGAGCUUCAUCCAGGAUGUGGGGCUGUACCCAGACCAGGAGGCCAUCCACACCCUGGCCGCCCAGCUGGGUUUGCCCAAGAACACGGUGGUGAAGUUCUUCCAGAACCAGCGCUACCACGCACGCCACCACAGCCGACCGAAGGAGCCCGCGGGAGGAGACGUGGAGGAAGAGGAGGAGGCGGUGGUGGAGGAGGAGGAGGAAGAACUGGAAGGGGAUGUUCCGUGUGGAAACAAGGAUGAAACUGUCCCCCACGGUGAGGAGGUGCUCUCCGACCCGGACGAACCGGCAAGCCGCCACAACGGAAUGCAGAGAACAGACGGGAGCAGGACAGGGGAGAGAAUGGAGAGAGAGGAGAGGGGAGAGGAGGAGGAGGAGGAGGAGGAGAAGGAGGUGGUGGAGGCCAUGGAGGAAGAGUGUGCCUCUGACUCUGCGUGUCCCGCAUCUCCCGACAGCUCUCCGGAGGUGGCCAAACAGCCGAGAUAGCAGUGUUCUCACAGGAGGACUGUCCAGAGAGGGAUGGGCAGAUGAAAGGGGCCAUAGAGCAGUCAUACAAACAGACUGUAUUUCGAACGCAUUGAUCGUCAUCAUCAACAAGCUCCUACAGGGAUGGUUCUGGCAGUGUAAAUAUGAACAAAGGUUUGAGCUACCCCCGAAAAAAGCCCUCAAGUUCCUGCAGUGGAAAACGGCCUAUUGUUCAGACUGGGCUAACUGUGAUCAGACUGUUUUAGAUGUUUGUCUCUCCUGUUCCCCCUUCCUGCUUGUCUUCUCUCUUCCAUCAUUCCUCCAUCCCUGAGUGCAGGAACAGUCUCAGAAUUACACUUGGAACCUUUACAGACAGAACUUUCGCACUCAGAACCUUUAAACACAGAACCUUCAUACACAGAACCUUUACAAUCAGAACCUUUACACACAGAACCUUUACACUCAGAACUUUUACACACAGAACCUUUACACACAGAACCUUUACAAUCAGAACCUUUACACACAGAACCUUCAUACACAGAACCUUUACAAUCAGAACCUUUACACACAGAACUUUUACACUCAGAACGUUUACACACAGAACCUUUACACUCAGAACUUUUACACACAGAACCUUCAUACACAGAACCUUUACAAUCAGAACCUUUACACACAGAACCUUUACACACAGAGGCCUCCUGCCUGUGACAAUCAUCUUGUUCAUCAUCAGCUGCAGUGAAACUGACUGUUGCAUGCCAGCGCGACUCCCCACAGCUCAGCUAGAGUAUGGGUUCCACCUGAUCAUGCCAGCACUUCAACUCAGCCCUAUUUAUUGAUAUGAGUUAUCUACACUUGUUUUGUUUGUGUAAGGUGUUGUUUUUUUCUGAUUAGUGUAUUUGUGUGGAGACUAUGGAGCCCUUCAGGGGUCAUAUGGUAGAAACAAAUAUUUUACGGAUAUCUGUGCACAUGGAUUAAUAAACAGAUUCAUGAACAGAAACACUAAUAAACCAUGUGCCUGGAUUCAUAAACACAUGUAAAGUGAGUAGCUAAUUUA